AUGGCAAUCAGUUUAUGUAGAAUAUUACUAAGAAAUAAAAGGACAAACUUUGAAAAAAAGAAAUAUAUAAUUUCCGAAUUAGAUAAUAAAUUAAAUGAAUCAGGAGAAGAAAAUGUAUAUGAUCCUCCUUUAAAAGAAAAAGAUAAUCUUCCUUCUUAUAUGCAACCAUCAGAAAAUAAUAGAAGUUGGUCAGAAGAAUGGAGAGACAAAGAAUUAAAAAAAGAACACAAAAAAUAUAAUUUUUCACUUUCAGAUAACUAUGCAUAUAAUGUCCCAUAUAAUUAUAAAAUAGUCAUUCCUACAAAAAAGAAUGUGAAGGAUGAAAAAAAUAUAAAAGAAGAAUAUAGUCGAGAUGUUAGUGAUAAUAUAUCCUAUACUGAUUUCUGUGAAUUUCGAAAUCCUUCAUUAUCUACUUUUGAUAAUUAUAGAUACUGGCAAGAUAGCGGUUUUAAAAAGUUUCUUAAUCGUAUUUUUCCAAUUAAAAUUCCUGAACAUAAAAAAAUUGAUCCUUUAUUAAGAGAAUACAUAUAUUUUUUGCACUCAUUUGAUCCAUAUAGAUUCACAUUUAAAAAAUUAAGUGAAAGAUAUUUCUUUUCAGAAAAUACAAUAAGAUUAAUAUAUAAAGAAGAAAGUGUAAAAAGGUUUUUAGUCGAAAAUCAAUUAUGUGAUGAUAAAACAAAGAGAAUAACUAAAAAAGAAGCUAUAAUGAAAAUUAAGGAAUUAAUAUACUCCAAAAAAAUUGGAUAUAAAGAAAUUGGUGAUUAUGAAAAUAUAAAAAAUGAAGAUGAUGAAUUUGUUGGUUAUAAAAAUACCUUUGAUCAAAUAAAUAGACAAGUUAUCCAAGUAGAAUCUAUUUCUUCUUUUCCUUUACCUCAUAGAAGGGAUCCUGUACCGAAAAGAGUAGAUAUUGAUAUGCCAGUUUAUAAUUCAGCAAACGUAAAAAUUAUGAAUUGGAUAAAUCCAAAUGAUAAAGUUAUAUUCUAA